CAUGAAUUGAAAUUAGACGAAAAGACCAUUUAUGUGAAGAACUAUCACCCGAGACAUCCCUAUCCUGUCAUCAAAAUUCAUUACUGCUAUCGUAUAAGAACUCCAGACAAUGAGACAUAUGGUGUCUCUUGGGUUGACUUCACGAGUGAGAAACUCGAGAAUUAUAAGUGGAAUUAUUUGGAUAACUAUACAUGUCUUAAGGCUGACGAACACGAACUCCGGGAAAAUUUAAAGUACUGGCGGUUUCGGCUCUUAAUGUUGCCAUCGAUGCAAUCGAUUACAAAAGCCAUUAUCGAUAAGUGCCUCUCUGGAGAAGACGACUACCCGUGCGAUCUCUACCACGACUUCACUCCCGAAGAGAAAGUUCAAUUGCAGGAAGGAUUCAUCAAAUUCUUGGAAAUCAUUAACAGAAUCAGACGUCCGCCGAAUACACGUAAACCCGCUCUUAAAGUGGAGCACAGAAAGAAUGUCAGCUCUAAUCGACGAUUCAGCUCGAGUUCGGCUCAGUUACAGAACCUUCAAACCAAUGCCAACCGAAUGUCUCAACCCUUGGAUAUAAAUGUGGGCGAAGGGGCGCUCUUUAGAGACAACAUCCUUCUUAACCAAUCGUCUCAAACCCAAAAACCAGUGACCGCUCAACGAUUGAACAUAAAUGUCAUCAAUAAAGGCACUGACGAGCGAUGCGACGAAAUCGAUGGACCAAUUUUGUCGACACUUGUCUGUAAGUCACCCAUAAUUGAGAGCGAAUCCAAUCCAACUGAUGACGAAACCAAUGAGAGAUUAACCAUUCAUUCCUCUCAUUCCGAUAUAAUUGAAACCAUGAAAAAGACUAAUGCGCUUAACUUUGUGACCAAAUGUGGAGGCCUUACACCCGAUACGUUCAUUAGCGCCGAAGCCGUGUUUUGGGCCAAAAAUAAUAUCGAAAAUGUAUUGACUGAAGGGAUCGCUAUUUCUCUAUUCCAGUCUAUGGUCGAGUCGGGUGUCAUUUGUCACGCAUCCGGCGAUAAGACACAAGCCUUUAAACAUGGUUUCUAUUUGUAUUGCAUUGUGGAUACAAACAGUAGGAAUCAUCUGUUCGGACACGAGAGCGAUAUUCAUAUGUUUGAGAAGGAGUGGAUGGAAGUGGCAAUUGUGCCGCAAAGCAAUUUAGCCAAGAAUUACGAGCACUGGUACAGCACUGGCAAUGAACUCUAUUCAAAUAGUCUGUCACCUGAAGUACAGGAUUUCACGUCUAAGAAUACAGUCCUUGAUUUAGACGAUGGCUCUAAGAAUGGGAGAGUAGAGUGGGUUAACAUCAAAUACCACAGUGUCUACGAUCCCGAACAGGCAUUUGAAAUGGUUAUCGAAUGGAUGGUCUCCACCGGUAACUCAAUAUCAGAGAUAGUAAUGGGUUGGAGUCGAAAGGCCGCCUCUACUGGCCUUCAUUUGGUUCCGAUACCCGCCGAUCCAUUUGCUCUGCCAUUUUCGAGUAAAUCGGAUCCACUUCGAGGUCCCAUUUAUAUCACGCUUAGUAUCGAUAGUUUGCCCAAAAUGGCCACAAAACUACUUGAAGGCGAAGGAUUAUUCAAUUUUCAAGAGAGGAUUUUAGUAAAGUUUGGUUUCAUCCCAUUCCACGACCCGACCACUGAUAAUCAACGACAGUUUGUUCACGUGAGCGGCAGUAUAUUCGUUAUGAUUCCCAGCAAAAACCCCGCCUCCAGUCCCUAUAAAAGUGUCCGAAAACGAGGCAAACUCUUGAAGGUUGACAACAACGAUACGGCCUGCAGUCCUCACGAAGAGUACAUAACCCGUCACUUCAGUGGUGUAAAGCAAGCGGGAGAGUCCGCUCACAUCGACGCCAAGGCAUGCAUACAAUGCAUGAAUUGA